AUGUUAGGCUCUCCCGUAUUUCGACUCCUUUUGCUACUUUCGAUCGGUACUGCAUUGGCUGAACGAUCACACCGAAUUGUAGCCAAAUGGAAUCAACUCCAAGAACAAAAUCCCUCAUCAUUAUGGAAGCGUCAAUCUGUAUCGCCCACCGAUGCAGACAUGCUAAUGUUAAAUAACACAUUUUGGAAAUUAUUGGAAAUGACUCGCCCAUAUUCAGAUGCUCAUCCAAUUGAUUUGAAAGAGUAUUUGGCUGAUCAUUUGAAUGAUGAAUACGAGUUGUUCCACGCAAAUGCAGAUCAUGCUUCCAAAAAAGAUGAUUACGCCAAACGCUUUACUGGGAAAUUGUUUGAAAUGUUUACCGAUCCGGAAGAGAUUUCAAAGUGGAAAACACUCGAAGAGAAGAUUUUUGUUAUUGGAACUCUUCUCCGCUCACGCCUCAAUACUUAUGAAGCUUCUUGGAUUGUCAAAAAUGAUGGCACAAGGAAGCAAAAAGAGGAUGAUAUACAAAAAGUUGUGGCCACUGUAAUAAGCAGCCCUCAAAUUGGACCCAAGGAACAAACCCUGCGAUUUGAUCAUGCCGCGGAGCAAAUUAUGGGAAUAUUGUAUCCAAAGAAAAGGAAGGAAAAUGGAUGG